AUGCCAAUGUUUGGAAAUAUCACUAUCGGAAGAAUUGCAAUUGUAGAGCAGAGGUGGAAAGGUGUGCAUAUUAGGCCCAAGGAGAGAUUUUCCGGCCUGGAAAGUGGCUUUCACUGGGUGCAGCGUGCCGCCUGCAACUGUCUCCCGGUUACAUCGUACCGCGACGUCCGCACGAAACUGACAUUGACGCAGAACAAAGUGGCAGCGGACAAUCGCUGCUCAAUGGGCUGUCGGGUCCCUUGGCCUAGUUGGCGCUCCUUGGAUAUUGGCUGUUCCUGCAAAUUUUUGCACUCUGUCACGCUACAGGAAGGAAUGCGCUUUGCUGCACCAAAAUGCAAUAGCGUUUCCUAG